ACCAUGUUUACGGACAAUAAUAAUUGUUGGGCAAACGUUAACAGCAUCGCCUGGCGUUCCAUAGACAUAUUUUUCACAAGCCUAGGCAAGCAAGCACGAACGGGAAACCUCCGUUUUUUCCUUUUUUACAACCGCAGGCUGAAAAUGCCAUCCAACAGCUCAGUCUCGCGUCAUCCCAUCAUCCAAUUCAGAAACUGCCGUAUCCUUCAUCAGCGUCAGAUCAUCCGAGACGACCUGUGGGUGAGGAACGGAGAGAUUUUGAAUCCACAAAAGCUUUUCUGGGAGGAGAAAGGCUAUGCGGAUUACCAGAUAGAUUGCCACGAUGCCAUCAUUGUUCCAGGCUACAUCGAUGUACAGAUCAAUGGUGGUUUUGGUUACGACUUUUCAUCAGAGCCAGAGCUUGUGUCAGAGGGAAUUCAGAAGGUGGCUCAGGGUAUCCUAUCCCACGGGGUCACUUCUUUCUGCCCCACCCUCAUCACAUCAUCACCAGAUACAUACAGAAAGAUUAUACCACAGGUACACAAAACAGAAGGAUCAGCAGAAGGGGCAGGCAUAUUAGGUAUACAUUUAGAAGGGCCGUUCAUCAGUGUGGAGAAAAGAGGAGCGCACCCCCAGCACCUGGUUCACCCCCUCUCUAGAGGCACCCAAGAUCUGUGGGAUGUCUACAGCAAUCUGGAUGAUGUUGCCAUAGUAACGCUAGCUCCGGAGCUGAGUAAUGCCAAGGGUGUAGUCCAGGAACUUGUUAAGAGGGGUAUUACAGUAUCAGUGGGUCAUUCUACAGCUAAUCUAUGUAUAUCAGAGGAGUCUGUCAAUGCCGGUGCUUCAUUUAUUACUCAUCUCUUUAAUGCUAUGCUUCCAUUCCAUCACAGAGACCCGGGUAUAGUAGGUCUUCUGGCUAGCAAUGCUAUCAGUCGUUGUGUCUACUACGGCAUCAUUGCCGAUGGUAUACACACACAUCCAGCGGCUCUACGUAUCGCCUAUCAGACACAUCCUGAUGGUGCUGUCCUGGUAACUGAUUCCCUGUCUGCAAUGGGGCUCCCACCUGGAAGGCACCAUCUAGGCACCCAACAGCUUGAUGUUAGGGACAAUGCUGCGUAUGUGGCCGGCACAAACACUCUCAGCGGAAGCAUCGCCACCAUGUCAUCUUGUGUACGGUACCUUAAAGAAGCAACCCGCUGCACCACGGUACAGACCAUCGAAGCCGCAACCCUGCAUCCCGCCCAACUCCUUGGCAUCACAGACAGGAAAGGAACCCUAGACUACGGCACCGAUGCAGACUUCUUGUUUGUUGAUGAUGAUUUAAAUGUUCAAAGGACUUAUAUCGCUGGUGAAAUGGUUUGGGACUCCAAGACGGGUUUCAGGAAUGGAGCCAGCUAGCAAGUAUAUAGCCAGUUUGUUCCAUGUAAAACAGAUACAUGUAUCAUCCUUUGCCACAGUUGUGUGUUUAUGAAGUAAAAUAAAGAUAUAUUUUUUAUCAUCUCUUUUAAUACUGAAAUAUAUAUUUAAUAGUGCACCAUUGAAUAGGCAACUACAAUGUAGUUAAUGAGCGCCUCAUAAAUGAGUAAAGCAUUAUUUUUUUUGUAAACACAAUGGCCGGUAUUCUGAAGUCAGGUUUAACUUUAUAGACUAUGGUAUUAC